CGAGAAUUGAGAACGUUGUGCAGAAUCGACUCUUAGAAUCGACUCUAUGGAUUCCCAUCGCUUGGAAUAGGAAUCGACUCCGACUUUUGAGGAAUCGAACCGCUCUCCGCUCUGAAGGCUGGUUUGUGCGGGAAAUGGGCGAUAAGGCUGCCGUCUCUGCUUUCGCCGCGCUGGUCCGCUGGAACUUCCUCGGAACCACACAAACACGGUCAGACGAAUUCCGGUGUUCAGGGCGUUCAGGGUCAGCAGAUAUCAGCAGUCGAGCAGGCCGCGGUGCUGAUGAAGGGUAAGGCGUAAUGGCGAGGCAGCCCCGGGGGGUUAAACGGGAGGUAACAGAACGAGAUGAGCGGGUCCAGUCACGUCUAGAAUGUCAACACAUGAUCUGAACGUGAAGUUGACUCGUCCGAGCGUAGUGAGCCGCAGCGUGGGGAGGACUUCUGUGGAUGAGCAGACAGCCGAGAAACAGAAAGCGGGGAGUGGGAACAAUUGCCUGAGUGGAACAUCAACUGAAUGCCUCCAAACUACUAAAAACCUGUACAUCAGACGGAAAAUACUUCUGAGGAGCAAGAGCGAUUGGAGCAGCACGUCAGAGGAUCAGAGGGGCACUACUACUGACCAGCAACAGUUCACCUCCUUCUUGUCCUUGAGAUUUCCCACUAAAAGAAGUGAAGAGAACAAAACAGACAGCAACACUGAAGCACAGCUGGGCAGUUAUGACCUAAAAUCAGAUGCUGUAAGGAGGCCAGCUGAUGUCCAACAUCCAGAGUUAUGUGAAAAGGCUUUGCCACCCAACAGUUUCAGAGAAGCAACUGAUAAAGCAGCUAAAGAUGACAAUAUAUCAGAGCUACCCUUUGAAAAAGAGGGUACUUCCCAAUCUCACCUAACCCUUUUUGGACAAGACAUAUCAAGCCACAGAUGCUCUGAAGGAAUACAGCGUGUCGUAGACCUGUGUGAUCGAGUGAAAGCUGCAGAAAACUGCUCACAGGGCCAGUCACCAGCUUCUGAUCACCUGACAGAGCUGCCAGCCACUGAGAGUCGAAGUGCAGCUAGGGAAUCAGUAGUUAAUGACCCUCUUGGAGAGAAUGCGGAAGAAGUACUCUUUUACAGUAAUCUAAUCCCUUUUGGAGAGGACAGCAGUUCAAAGGCCAACACUAACAGCCAGCCGUCUGCAUGCUCUCCCAGAGUACUAAAGCGGACCUUAUCGCUGCCCUCUUUUCCUGCUCCUCAUCACAGUUGUAAAUUUGAGACUGGACCGCAUCUUAACAGUUCCACCACAGCAAUGUUCACAUCCACCAUAGUCUCUGUACUUGCCCCUCACUGGAGCGGGCGCCUUAGGAGACACAAGCAAGGCAUCAGUGAUGUUGAACAAGAUGUCCAGGUGAGUGGACAUUCUGCUUCCAGCGAGAAUUCACACCAACAACCAUUUCUUCUCAACCAGAUGAAGCCAGCUGGUGAGAUGUUUAACAAUAAGCUCAGGGAACCAGCGGGAACUAGCGGAAGUGCUGUCGAUUGGCAAAAAGACACAUCUUCUUCACAUCUCACAGCCACCUUCCAAAAAGACAGACCUAUCUUUUUGGAUACAAAACAACAGACUGUGGACAAUAAUGCUGAAUUUGGAAUAUCUGCUUGUGGUCAGGUGCCUGAGUCACCUCUCUCCCAUCAAUUAUGCAGACACAAAAGGACAUUACAAUCUGGGGAGCCAGGAGAGUCCUUCUCUCUGCCAACCUCUAGGCCAACAACCAGCAGCCUGCUUCUCUCCUGGAGAAGGUUAAACUCUAAGAAAGCAAACGCUGAGCCUACUGAAAUAGAGAAGCAGCUCGCUUUGUCUAUCGGCUCCCGAACUUUGCCUAGUAAAAGCAAAUUUAGAGUUUCUCAAUCACAGUCCCCUCUAGUUUCCCCAGAUGAUACAACCACAGAGACCCUGGAGCGACUACAAAGUCCGGAGGUCUCUCCUGUCUCCCCAGGAGGCAUAAAAAUGGAGGUAACAAGGAGAUCAAUGUUUUUAACUAAGAGAGAAUUUAACAUUUCCAGUAGAACUUCUUCUGACUUAACUAAGGAAGCUCUGUAUUCAAGCACUCCAUCAAGAUCCAGCCAAUCAGAGACUGUUAAUAUUCCUCAGCACCAUUCCAGGGAAAGUCUGAAAAGGAAAUGUUCUCAUGUAGGGGACAAUGACUCAGUGGAUCAGAGCAUUGAUCAUACAAGCUUUUAUGGCUCUAAUGUUAAUAGUCUCCACAGAACAGCUGAUUUUCCAUGCGUUUCUCCCAAAGACAAUACAAACAAUAAUAUCGAAAGCUUUUCUUCACACAGUUAUCACGUUUCUGAUAGCAUCAUUAAGAAACACAGCCAGCCGAUAGAAACGAUCGCAAAUCUCAGCUCUUGCUUACAGUCUAAUAGGACUGACAAUAGCUCCAGCAAGACCAGCUCCUCAAAUACCGCAAGCACAUCAAAAAGCACAGUGGCCUGUUCGUCACAUACAAGUCCCAAAACAACCCAGACAUUUGUUGCCAGUCCCUCUGCUGGGUGUCAGGAAAACCUAUCGCCAAGUCCAACCAGCUCUAUGAGUAGACGAACAUUCACAAGCAGCCUUGCGUUCUCACCCAGGAAAGAGCCUUCUGCUGUGGAAGGAACAAGCCCAUCCCACAUAUGGUUAAACUAUCUGAACUCAAGACAAUCUCAAUCAAAUAAAAGCCUUUCAGAUCUGACAAGCCCACUGUCUCCAUCUAGACCCCUCAGAAGAGUUCAUGUUCCAAGUAUCUACACUUACUUAAGGGAAACCAGUCCACCUUUAACCACAAGGACAUCCUCAGCCCUUUCCUCUUCUAGUCCUCAAACCCCAUCUCUAAAACUGGAUGGGGACCAAAUACAGAAAGAGGGUAAAAAUACAGGAACCUCAAGGUUCACUUUUGACCUAAGACUGGUGGAACCACAGGAUUCAGUUUUGGCACAAGACACAUGCAUCUCCAGUGCACCACAGUCUCUGUCACCUAAUUUUGGCAGAAGAACAGGGGCUCGUCUCAGUAAAUCCCCUUACUCCACCCUCAUCUCUGCAAGACCAACACUCAACAGUACUUUGCACCACCUCUCAUCUCCACCCAUGUCCUACCAGCACAGCAAAUCUGCAUCUCCUGAUAGUUCAGCCAUACCUACUAACUCUCCUAACACUGAAGGGGGCAUGCCAAAAGAUACCAGGUUAUCAGGAGAACCAGUUGGUUCUUCUGAUAAGCAUUUCGUAGUAGAAAAAGGACAGACUUCAAAUGUCUGUCAGGCUACAAAGUUAAUCCCCCAGACUACACACCCAGCACAGAGUGGCAUAGUUAUUAAGAAGAUGCCUCAUGAGGGACUUGAUGGCAUGUUUUCAUCUCAGCAUGACCAAGAUGAUACUUACUCUGCUCAAAGGUUGAGUUACAACGAGCACUCUUCAACACAAAAUACACUUAGAGGUAGCAAGGCUGCCAUUCUACAGGAGGAAGUAAGAACUUUGCCGACACAUGAAACGUUACAAGGAAUCCAGAGUACGAACUCAAAGAAAAGCCUCUUCUCAAGAAGUAAGAAGGAUAACAUUCUGAUGUUGCCUUCUUCAAGCAAAGAGAAUUCGACCCAUAAAGACGUUAAAAAGGCAGAGAUGACAGGAUUCAAAAGCAACAGAAUGGAGCUGGUUUUGAAUCGUUUGAAAUCGACAUUCAAUGUGAAACGUUCAGAUUAUGAUUUCACAUCUAGGAAAAAGAUGAAGAACAACCAACAGCCUUCAGAACUGAAGGCUUCUGAAAGCAAUAUGAAAGUAGAAAGGUGCCAUGAGAACCAGACUUUGUCAAAACCCUCAAACUCUCAAGUCUCCACUGUGAGAGAGUCUCAUCAUUCAUCUGGACCCUUGUCAGGUUUCACGUGUGAGUACAAGGAACAUGAGAACCCGUCAUAUGUGGAAAAGCGCAACAGACUUACAGAUGAAAAUGGAAACCAGUUUCUGGGUAGGCCACAAAGCCCUAGCCAGCCUAAGCCCCAUUAUAUCAACCGCUAUGCCACCAUGCCACAAACCAGAAAAACCACCUUUGGUCCCUCUUCCACUCUUUAUUCAUCUGAGUUUGCAUCAGAGGAUGCACAUAAUGAUGAUGUGUUUUAUUUCCCAACGAGUAGAAAGAACACUUUGGUUUGUAGGACUGAGAAUAUCCCUCAAGAAAAUGCAAUCAAUUCUCAGAGGCGGAACCUAAUGGGGGCUCAUUUAUCUAUGUCCUGUGCUGAUCUGAUGUACGGCCUGGAUCGUGGACGAUCUGUCUCUGUUAGUAGUGUGGUUUCGGGUCGUCCGUCGGGUCCUGGCCGGAUCUCGACUGGAUCAAAGCAGAGCAGUGUCAGUGAUCUUACCAGCUUGGAUGAAUUUGUGACCAAGAGCAGACAUUCAAGCAUCAGCAGUCCUGAUGAUUCACCUGGCUAUGGUGUCAGAGGUCCAAGCAGUCUUACAGUCCACAAUGCCUACAAGGGCUGCACAGGAAGGUUUCCAUCAAAUGACCGUCUGUGGAGCCCAGUUAACCUUGACACAUCCCCAUUGUGCUCAUUGAAUACAGAAGCAGAUCCAACUCCACCGCCUUCCCCAACGUUUUCCCCCACCAGUUGCCGUAUGUCCCAGAUCCCCAGUUCCUCCUCUAACGGUAGCAGGACCUCACUGGACAGCUUGUCUCCUCGCGGGUUCCUGCCAUCACGGAACUACAAGUCCACUCUGUCUGUCUUUGAAGAAUCCAGUUCAGAUACAACUACUGAUGAUGAAUACUAUGUUAAUAGUGAUUAUGAUGAUGACGAUGAUGAGAAAGAAACAGAACUUUAGUGGCAAAAAUUUUAUUUUGUAUAUAAAAUUGUGCAUGGUAAGGAAUUGUGGAGUGAAAGCUGACAUUUACCUGCUUAAGAACAUUUUAAGUAAAAAGACACAAUCACAACGCCAUAGAUAUAUUUAUUACAGUAAUACUAUGCAAAGUAAUGAAAACUUUUGGUUUAUUGAGAUUAUGAAUGGGGCAGCACGGUGGCGCAGUGGGUAUCGCUGUCGCCUCACAGCAAAGGGGACCUGGGUUCGAUUCCCUGGCCGGGUGACCAGGGUCUUCUCUGUGUGGAUUUUGCAU